CACAAAUCAUCCGUCGCCGAAAUGCCAGAAAAUCGAAUUAAGAAUAGAUACAGUAAUGUCUUGCCCUUUGAUCAUAGCAGAGUUAAACUGUACUCCGAUCUGGAUGAUGGAACGACGAAUGAUUACAUCAAUGCCAGUUAUGUGCCGGUAUGUCAUGAAGAAAAUUUUCACAGAGAGUUCAUCGCGUGUCAGAGUCCCAUGAGAAGCACAUUGGAAGAUUUCUGGAAGCUACUGUGGCAACAAAAUGUGCAGAUUGUCGUCAUGCUGACUAACUUGUUUGAAACGGGGAAGGAGAAAUGUUACGAAUAUUGGCCAACACAGUUUGAUGAGUAUAUUUCUUACGGCGAUAUACAGGUUGUUGAGACAUGUAUGCUUCAUAAUUCCUCUUUUGAAUAUCAUAUUAAAACAAAAUUUUGCGUUAAACUACAUGGUGGCGACAUCUUGAGAAAGUUGGAGCAGUUCCAUUUCAUAUCCUGGCCUGACCUCAAGUGUCCUCUCGUUCCAACCUUCCUCGAAUUCUUCCGAGAUAUUAAAAACCAUUUAAAGAAACUUCAAACGAACGAAGGCCCAGUUUUGGUGCACUGUAGUUCAGGGUCAGGUCGGGCUGGCAUCUAUAUUCUACUGGAUCGCUUGGUGAAACAGUUGGAUGAUUGUGGCUUGGAUGGUGAGAUCAAUGUCUUCAACAACGUCUUGGAGAUGAGAGACGCCAGGUGCAACAUGGUUCAGUCAGAGGUUAACGCCACAUUCAUUUCAAUAUCUCUUACAUCAUUUCAGUAUCAUUAUUCAUUCUUAUAUUAUCUUAUAUUAUUCAAUAUCAUUUCAUUUUUAUACCGUAUUUUAGUUUAA